UCAAUCUCUCUCUGAACUGUUUCCAGGUCUUUGUCAGACCUGAAGAUUAUCAUCAGAUUAUGAAGACGAGAAGAAGAUGAUUCAUUCAAAUCACUCCAUCCACUCAGUGUUCUGCUGCUGCUGCUGUACCGUCCAGACCAGGGAGAUCAGCACCUGCACAGAGGUGGAGAGGAGCUCCCUGUGUUUCCAGAGCAGACGAUACCCAGGACGCGCCCGCCGCGCGGACAGGUCCAGGAGGAAGCUCCCUCCUCCUCCUCCUCCCCCAGAGGACGGCGGUGGCGAGGACUUGCUCACGGUCGUCGCCAUGUAUGACUUCAAAGCCCAGGAAGACACGGAUCUGACGCUCAAACAGGGGGACGAGUACGUCAUCCUACACAAACAGGACCAGCUGUGGUGGAAAGCGCAGGACAAACACGGGAACAGAGGCUUCAUCCCCAGUAACUACGUGACGGAGAAGAACCGAAUCGAGGCAAACCCGUGGUACUGCAAGAACAUCACCCGGACAGAAGCUGAGCAGCUGCUGAGACAAGAGGUAUCCGUCCGUCUGUCCACGUGUGUCUGUCUGUCCACAUGCCAACUGAGUUUGUUUGUGUUCACUCUCCAGGGCAAAGAAGGAGGGUUUGUGGUGCGAGAGUCGAGUCAGCGGGGAGUUUACACCGUGUCUGUUUACACCAAGAUGUUGAGUGCCGGCAGUGACGUAAGACAUUACCAGAUCAAAAUCAAUGACUCUGGAAAAUUCUUCCUGGCCGAAAAACACACGUUCAGCUCCAUAUCUGACGUCAUCCGCUACCACCAACACAACGCAGCAGGUCUGGUCACCAGGUUGCGUUAUGCAGUGGGACCAAUGGGAAGGUGUUUACCUGCCACAUCGGGAUUCAGCUCAGAGAAGUGGGAGAUCAACCCGAGUGAGCUGACCUUCAUGAAGGAGCUGGGCAGUGGUCAGUUCGGCGUGGUGCGACUGGGAAAGUGGCGGGCUCAGCACAAGGUGGCGAUCAAGGCCAUCAGAGCGGGAGCCAUGUGCGAGGACGACUUCAUCGAGGAGGCCAAGGUCAUGAUGAAACUGUGUCACCACAAGCUGGUGCAGCUCUACGGCGUCUGCCUGCAGCAGCGCCCCCUGCUGAUCGUGGCCGAGUUCAUGGAGAACGGCUGCCUGCUGAACUUCCUGCGGCAGCGGGUCAGGGCCCUGAAGGAGGCGUGGCUUCUGUCCAUGUGCCAGGACGUGUGCGAGGGCAUGGAGUACCUGGAGGCUCAGAGCUUCAUCCACAGAGACCUGGCGGCCAGGAACUGUCUCGUCAACGAGCACAACGUGGUGAAGGUCAGCGACUUUGGAAUGACCAGGUACGUCCUCGACAACCAGUACACGAGUUCCAGUGGAGCCAAGUUCCCCGUGAAGUGGUCUCCUCCCGAAGUUCUGCACUACAACAAGUACAGCAGCAGCUCUGAUGUCUGGUCCUACGGCGUGGUCAUGUGGGAGAUCUACUCGGAGGGUCGGACUCCAUUUGAGAACCGCUCAAACCUGGAGGUGGUCAACGACAUCACCAGAGGGAUCCGGCUGCACCGGCCGCACCGAGCCUCGCAGUCGCUGUACACCGUCAUGUACCGAUGCUGGCACGAGAAACCUCAUUGUCGGCCGUCGUUCUCCGAGCUGCUGGAGGAAAUCAGACAACGUGCAGAGAAUCCGGAUUAAUGCACAUAUUUUUUUAUAUUUUAAAAUGUUUUGAUGUUUGAUUUCUCAUCGUCCUUAUCCUAUAUGAUCCAAACACAAAAAAUAAAUACAUUUUAUAACCAUAAAAUGUUUUGUUAUACGCAGAGAAACAUUAAAAUAAAU